AUGGGGCCCACGCUGCGGGAGGUUCUGGCCUCUGGCGGCCUGGGUGGCUCGCCCAGCUCCACCGGCAAUCAGCUUCAUCCCCUUCGGAGAGUGACUCAGUCUCCCUCCCGCUUCGUUUCCUCAUCUGCAAAAUGGCAGGUCCACAUUCCACCCCAUACAGUCCGGGCUGUGCGCACGGUUCAGUUUCCUGCAGCCUCUCUAAGCGCCGCUCUGAACUUUGUCUCCCUUGGAGAGGCUGCCAAGGACGACGCAGAGCGGCCCACGGAGAUCUGCGAUGACCCCCAGUUUAUUGUUGGAGGAGCCACCCGCACAGACAUCUGCCAAGGAGCCCUGGGUGACUGCUGGCUGUUGGCAGCCAUCGCCUCCCUCACCUUGAACGAAGAGGUCCUGGCCCGAGUCGUCCCCUUAAACCAGAGCUUCCAGGAAAACUACGCUGGGAUCUUCCGCUUCCAGUUCUGGCAGUACGGCGAGUGGGUGGAGGUGGUGGUGGACGACAGGCUGCCCACCAAGGACGGGGAGCUGCUGUUCGUGCACUCGGCAGAGGGCAGCGAGUUCUGGAGCGCGCUGCUGGAGAAGGCCUACGCCAAGAUCAACGGGUGCUAUGAAGCGCUCUCGGGGGGCGCCACCACCGAGGGCUUCGAGGACUUCACGGGAGGCAUCGCCGAGUGGUACGAGCUGAAGAAGGCCCCGGCCAACCUGUUCAAGAUCAUCCAGAAGGCUCUGCAGAAAGGCUCUCUGCUGGGCUGCUCCAUCGAUAUCACCAGCAUUGCGGACUCGGAGGCCAUCACAUACCAGAAGCUGGUGAAGGGGCACGCGUACUCCGUCACCGGAGCCGAGGAGGUGGAAAGCCGAGGAAGCCUGGAGAAGCUGAUCCGCAUCCGGAACCCCUGGGGAGAGGUGGAGUGGACCGGGAAGUGGAAUGACAAUUGCCCGAACUGGAACACCGUGGACCCAGAGGUGAGGGAAAGGCUGAUCCGACGGCACGAAGACGGAGAAUUCUGGAUGUCUUUCAGCGACUUCCUGAGGCAGUACUCCCGCCUGGAGAUCUGCAACCUGACUCCGGACACGCUCACGGCCGACAGCUACAAGAAGUGGAAGCUCACCAAGAUGGACGGGAACUGGAGGCGGGGCUCCACCGCGGGAGGCUGCCGGAACUACCCCAACACCUUCUGGAUGAACCCGCAGUACCUCAUCAAGCUGGAGGAGGAGGACGAGGACCAGGAGGAUGGCGAGCGCGGCUGCACCUUCCUGGUGGGGCUCAUCCAGAAGCACCGGCGGCGGCAGCGCAAGAUGGGCGAGGACAUGCACACCAUCGGCUUCGGCAUCUACGAGGUUCCGGAGGAGUUGGCCGGACAGACCAACAUCCACCUGAGCAAGAAGUUCUUCCUGACGACCCGGGCGCGGGAGCGGUCGGACACCUACAUCAACCUGCGGGAGGUGCUCAACCGCUUCAAGCUGCCGCCGGGCGAGUACGUGGUGGUGCCGUCCACCUUCGAGCCCAACAAGGACGGGGACUUCUGCCUGCGGGUCUUCUCCGAGAAGAAAGCUGACUACCAGGUGGUCGACGACGAGAUCGAGGGUGACCUUGAAGAGCUCGAUGUCAGCGAGGACGACAUUGACGACGGGUUCAGGAGGCUGUUCGCCCAGCUGGCCGGGGAGGAUGCGGAGAUCUCAGCCUUCGAGCUGCAGACCAUCCUGAGAAGAGUUCUCGCCAAGCGGAGGCUCGGAAAACGCCUGCGGCAGACGGUCCGAGUAAGCCCUCCGCCCAGCCCGGCCUCCACGAACCCACGUGCCCCCAUUUUCCACGGGCAGUCCGACGGCAGCGGCAAGCUGGGCCUGAAGGAGUUCUACGUUCUCUGGACGAAGAUUCAAAAGUACCAGAAAAUUUACCGGGAAAUCGACGUGGACAGGUCUGGCACCAUGAACUCCUAUGAGAUGCGGAAAGCCUUAGAAGAAGCAGGUUUCAAGCUGCCCUGCCAGCUCCACCAGGUCAUCGUGGCUCGCUUCGCCGACGACGACCUCAUCAUCGACUUCGAUAACUUUGUCCGCUGCUUGAUUCGCCUGGAGACGCUGUUCAGGAUAUUUAAGCAGCUGGACCCCGAGAACACGGGAACCAUACAGCUCGACCUGAUCUCUUGGCUCUGUUUCUCAGUACUUUGAAGUUAUACACAAAUUUGCCUGAAGACUCCUCGUGAAAGAAAAUCAGCCAAGGACUAAGCUUUCACAGAGAAACUUUUAUCCGGACCUCAAUUACGGGAACAUUUACUUAAACCGAUGAUUAUAGCCGAACAUAACGAUACCAUUUGAGAUAGGAAAAGAUUUGCAUAUCGUUAGACUAAAUGCAAGCGAGUCGCUUAACCCUCGACUGGCUCAAAGACAGCUUUAAAUCUGUACAUAGGAUACACUUUUUACUUUUACACACGGUCCCUUUAGAGCAAUAUUAAAUCAGGUAAAAAAAAUAAAAAUAAAAAUGCAGGUGUUUAACAGCUGAGCAAACAUUCAGUCCAUCUCAGAGGACACAGGGUCCUGCUGGGAAUACUGAAAGCAACUUCCAGUUCAAAAAUGCAGCCUCGACAUUUACCAAAGAGCAGCUCAGGGCUCACCCGAUCCCUUAAAUAAAAUCGGAAAUACUAGGACGAUGGUCAACAGGGAUCCUAUCAAGGCCCCUGGAGCCGGUGAGAACGCCCACCGCCGUCUCCGGUUAAACAGGAGGCGGUUUACAGGACACCGACUGGCAAACAGUAAGUCUGAGAUUCGAGUCCGUGUGUAUCCUACACUGAGCGUUAAAAACACCGAAGGGAGGCCACGCGUGGCCACGGACACAGAACACGGGGCCCAGGCGUCCAGCGGGCACACCUGUUGUGAUGAAGACAAAACAAGCUGUUUGCUGCCUGCUCAAGCUCCUGCACUCAGCCACCUCCAGUGUUGUGCACGGACUGGGGGGGUCGUGCAGGGUGUGGGAGGUCGGGCCGAGGGAACCCCAGGAGAGAUGACACAGCUCAUUCCUCGGCUUCCCCUGAGGCUGCGCUGACACUAUGGGAAUGCUGCCUUGUUGCCUUACCUGCCGAAUGUGCUGUUAAAUAAAGAGUCGCCUGGCA